AGUUGCAAAUAUCGUUUAUGUCAUUUUGACGUUUACUGUCAAAAAUCAACAUCAAUUUUUAAAUAUUUAAAAAGAAAUCUCUUCGAUUUUUUAAUGAAACAACCAAAAUGACUUCAGAUUUCCGUAAUUUUUUGGAAUACGACGUUUAUUCAACUGAUAUAUCCCAAUUAAGCGAUGUCAGUGGUUUGUGUAGGUUAUGUUUGGAUAAAUGCGAUGAUAAUGUAUCAAUUUAUGAAAGCAUAAACGUUUUCGAGCAAGAAACAACUAUUAUAUUCGACGAAUUACAACAAUAUUCCAAUACUGAGCUUACAAAAGACCCUCGAUAUCCAACAUGUAUUUGUUCAAAUUGCUUAAAUUUAGUAAAGGUUUCUUUAAAAAUAAGGUUACAAAUGAAGUUAACACAAAAAGAGUUAAAUAAGUUCUUUAGUCGAUUACAAGAAAAUGUUGAUGCUAAAGAGGAAAUAACUCAAAUUAAAUGUGAAGGUGAAAGUGAUGAUGCUGUAGAUGAUAUAGAAGGAAAUGAAGAUGAAAUAAAUACAGAUAAUUUGAAUAGUUAUGAUGGGUUUUUAAACAAUUUAGGAACCGUUAUAUCAGCUAAAUACGAUGAUUCUGAUUCUGACACACAAAUUCAAAUAGAAGAACCUUCCAUUGAAAUAAUAAAAUUUAUCAACAAUGAUACAUCCGAAACUAAAUCAAAACCUUUAUAUAAGUCAAAUAAAAAUAAAGAAAAUCCCAAAACAAUAAAACGCAACAAAGAUAAAUCUCCACAGUUACUAUGUCAAAUAUGCGGCUUUCUAGCCACAAAAAAUCAACAAUUAAGAUAUCACAUACACUCGAAACAUACUAUAAAUGAGCGCCGUCAUGUUUGUAAUAUUUGUAAUAAAGCUUUUGUUUGGAAACACACUCUUGAACAACAUAAAGCUGUUCAUAACAACGAAAGACGAUUUCUAUGCACAGUUUGUGGCAAUAAUUUUAAUUACCUAAGCGCGUUAAUUUAUCAUAUGCGUAUGCAUACUGGCGAAAAACGUUAUCGAUGUACUUAUUGCCCAAAAGUUUUCAGUAUGUCCUGGGGAUUAACACGUCAUUUACGCGUUCAUACCGGCGCAAAACCAUACAAUUGCGAAUUUUGUAAUAAAGCGUUUGCUUCAACAACCGAAGUUAAAAGCCAUGAACGUGUUCAUACCGGGGAGAAACCGUUUGAAUGUCACGUUUGUCACAAAAAGUUUACGAAAAAAGAAAACAUGAAUGUACAUUUUUUAACGCAUAGCGGACAGUCUAAAUGCAAUAUUUGUACCAAAGGGUUUAUGAACCCUAAAAUAUUGAAACUGCAUCACAAGUUUGCGCAUAAUCAAAGUGUGAAAAAAGUUAAAAAGGCCAAUAAUGCAAAGGUAAAUGAAAAUGAAGAAAUUAUUGAUAAAGAGUGUGUGGGAAGAGAAGGUGAAGAACUGAUAAAUGUGGUGGUGUAUGAUGAGGGAAGGGAUGAACAACUUGACAUUGAAGGAAAUCGUGAAGACUUAAUAGAUGAAGAUUUGGGUUAAUUUGUAUUGAGAUGUAUUUUUUAAAAAUUUAAAUAAAUGUAUUUAAAAAUUGAAUGUUGAAAU